AUGGAGGCGCCGGCCCCGGACUGUCUGCGCUGGACCUGCCGGGAUGUUGGAGGCUGGAUACGGCGGAAGGGCUUCCCGCAGUACGAGGUGUGCUUCACUGACAAUGGAAUCAAUGGCCGCAAACUCAUCCAUGUCACAUGUUCCACCCUACCACAUAUUGGAGUCACCGACUUCCAGGACAUGAAGACCAUCGCCAAACUGGUGAGAGAUCUGUUGGGUGUCAGCGAGCCGGCCUUUAGCCGCAGCAUAUCUCUGCCCCGGAGGGAUAACAUGGGGCUCUUCCUGGAGCAAAAAUCGCAGACUGGAGUUAACCAUGAUCUGCUCACCUACAACCAAUUUGUUCUGGAGCAGGUCCUGUGA